CUGUUGGUGACCAAUAGGGUUUUAGCACUUGUACCCCGUUCAAAGAUUCCUAGGACCGGUAGAUUUUUGAUAUUAUGCCUAAUUAAAUUAAAAGAAAUCACAACACAGACGUUUCCGUUUGAACCAUUUUUGGCAUAGUUAUGCAAACAGAGUAGUCGAUUAAAGCUUAAAAAAUCUAGAAGCGAUGGAGUUCAAAAGUUUAUUUUUAUUACUUUUAAUAAACCUUAAUCAUGCCUACUCGAAGAAAAAACCCAAGUCGGUUACGACAGUCAUUGACGCUAAGUGGGAAAUCACACCGCUGGCACUCGAGAUGGCGGAAUUCUUGGCCGAUGAGAACCCCAGCUUGUAUUGGAAGUUUGUCAACUCGCUGUCAUCUCUUGAACCGCCGUUGGUAGACGAGAAAACAGACAAGGAUUAUUAUGAACGGGCGUUGGGCCUUCUCGACCCUCUUCUUUCCCAGCCACAGAUAUCCUUGAUGAAAUUUAGCUUGAGUUUGCAUGUGUAUUCGCCCAGGGUGGAGAUGUUCUGCCAAAUAGCAAAAGAGAAAGGCGUGGUGUGCCCUGCUGCUGUCGAAUUGGGAGGUGAACUCUACUGUGAUUAUGACGAGUUUCAGAAUGCAUUAACUGAGGGUGUUAAGAGCAGUAAUGUUACAUCUAAUUUAAUUCGCUUAGAUCACAAAUUCCUUAAAGGUGACAAAGGUCCUCUGACCAUUCUCUACGGUGAAAUAGGGACUCCUGAGUUUGCAAAGUUUCACAAAUUGUUAAGCCAAAAAGCAACAGAUAAUGAAUUACAGUAUGUAGCAAGGCAUUGGGUCAAGGAAAGGCAGCCAAGAAAACUUCGAUUAUCUGGUUAUGGAGUUGAACUUCAGCUGAAAUCGACUGAGUAUAAAGCUCAAGAUGACACGAAAGUUGAAAGUGGCACUUUAGAAGAUGCCGAAGAAGAUGAGGACGAAGAAGUUGAAGGUUUCCACUUCAGCAAGCUAAAAUUCUUGUAUCCUGAUAAAACACAAAAUUUAGAUAAAUUCCGGCAAGAGUUGUUAGAGUCUUCGAGCGAGCUCGCUCCGCUCAAAGUAUGGCAGUUUCAAGAGCUGAGUCUCCAGGCGGCGCAGCGUAUAAUGUCUGCUCCGAAGGAAGAGGCCUUAAACACGCUGUCGUUCAUCUCUCAGAACUUCCCGAGUCAAGCGAAGUCUUUGGUAAAAACGACGGUGAACCAAGACUUCAAGAAUGAAAUGAGGAAGAACCAGGAUCGGUUCACGUCUUCACUACAUUUACAGCCCUCAGAUACAGCCCUGUUCAUCAACGGGAUGUUCUUUGACCUUGAGACACAAGAUAUAUUCUCAAUCCUUGAGUACAUAAGGGAAGAACUUAGAGUUAUGGAAGGACUUAACGAUAUAGGCAUAUUUGAAAAAAAAGUUUUCAAAUCUUUACUGACUCUUGAUCUAAGCAGCACAGGCGUUGAUUUUGGCCUUGAUAUCAGAGAUUCUGCAGUUCUUUGGAUAAAUGAUAUUGAAUCGGAUAAAGCAUAUUCCAGGUGGUCUUCUUCCUUACUUGACCUUCUUCGUCCAACAUUUCCCGGGAUGAUACGGUCCGUCAAAAAAAAUCUGUAUAAUUUGGUGAUUAUCGGAGAUCCAUCAAAAAACGACGUAAUCCCUCUUGUCAAGUUAAUGCAGUCGUUUUUGGUGCAUAACGCACCCCUUAGGCUUGGACUCGUAUUUGCGAUUGAUUAUAAGAAAAACGGUCUAGAAGACGCUGGAGUUGCCAUGCUGAACGCUUACAACUACAUAGCAGAGAUAAAAGAUAACUCUCAAGCACUGAACUUUUUAACCGAUAUAUAUGCAGCGGUAACGGAUGAUAUUAAACCUGAAGAUGUUCAUGAACUGUUGUCUGUCAAAUUCCCAGGUCAUAAAAAAGAUGAGAUUUUUGGCCCCGAUUCCGAUUACAACACAGGAUUGAAAUUGUCCGCCGAGUUUGUUGAAAAAUCUGGAUUGAGAAAAAUGCCCCAGGUACUUCUUAACGGUGUUCCUCUCCCUGAAAAAUCCUUGACUUCUGAGGAUUUUGAGGAAGCCGUGUUGAGCGAAAUAGUGAAUCAGACACCCAUACUUCAAAAAGCUGUGUACAAAGGGGAACUAAGUGAUACAGACAAUGUAGUCGAUUAUCUUAUGGAACGUCCCAAUAUAAUGCCCAGACUCAACGAGAGGAUCCUUACAACUACAAAAAGCAAGUAUCUGAGCUUGACAAAAUUCACCGACCAGUCGAUUUUAGAUCUGAUCGACAAACAUUUGUUUUAUGGGUCAAGUAAAAAAGGCCAGGGUAAACGCAGCGUGCACUUUUUGUCCAACUGGCUCAUUGUCGAUCUCACCACAGAGCAAGGGCGUAAUCUCCUUGCAAAUUCACUCGAACAGAUUGAGGGAAAUAGUAAAGUCAGGACAAGUCUGAUCAUAAACCAGAAGGAGCCAGGUUAUAAAAACAUAAACAAAAUAGCACUUUCUGUAUUGAUGCAAGGCUCGGAAAAAGUUGGCUCGACAUUGAGGCAAAUUCUCAACGAUCAUAGUUUAAUUGAAUCAGGAAGUAAAACUUUCUCAGAUUAUGGUGUUAAGGAAGUCGACGAGCCUAAAGUUGAGUGGGUGUUAAAAUUCCACGCGCAGUUUGUCAAAGAUGUGUUGGAUUUCCAACCAGGUAAGCACGGCGUCGUCAGCAACGGGCGUGUACUCGGACCGUUCGAGCCACAUGAAUCAUUCACUCAGGACGACUUUGGCCUCUUGGAAAGAUUCAGCUCCACAUCCUACAUAGACAAGAUUUACCAAGCUAUAUUGAAAAACUCAGAAGAUUUAGAGUCUGUCACGAGUGAUAUGUUAAUGAAAGCAGUUUCAUUGCUUGCCUCAAGGCCUGAAUCUAAAAGUAGAUUUGAGGUGAACUCAUUUGGUGAAGAACACAGCGUGGUCAAGUUACCCCCGGCAUCGGAAGGUUCUGCAUUCAGUCUUGUUGCUAUAGUCGAUCCCGUUUCCAGUGGGGCACACAAAGUAGGCACCAUACUUUCAGUAUUGCAACAAGUUAUCAACUGUGAUAUAAAAAUAUUUUUCAACUGCGUUGAAAAAAAUAGCGAUAUGCCACUCAAAAGUUAUUACCGUUAUGUCCUUGAGCCGGCGAUUCAGUUCACGCCUUUAGGACAACUGGCAUCAGGCCCCAUGGCCAAGUUUUCAAACAUGCCGGGGGCACCUCUGUUAACGCAGAACAUGCUUGUCCCUGACAAUUGGAUGGUCGAAAGUAUCGCUAGCCCUCAUGAUUUAGACAACAUAAAACUCGACCAGGUCAACUCUAAUGUUCACAGCAAUUUCGAACUGGAAUACCUCAUUCUGGAAGGUCAUUGUUUUGACUCUUUGCUCGGAACGCCGCCAAGGGGGCUCCAAAUAACGCUUGGAACUGAACGCUCUCCAACCGAAUUUGACACCAUUGUCAUGGCUAAUUUAGGCUAUUUCCAACUGAAAGCUAACCCAGGAGAAUGGACUCUAAGAUUAAGGCAUGGAAGAUCUGCAGCACUGUAUGACAUAAUAGGCUAUGGCCACGCCGGUGUCGAUUAUCCAGUAAAUUCUUCCGAAAUAAAAAUUCUUCUGAGCUCGUUUAGAUCUCAUACAAUAAAGCUGAAGGUCAAUAAGAAGCCAGAUAAAACUAACGUUGAUCUUCUUGGUGAUGAAGAAGAACAACAGGGUUUGUGGGGGUCAAUAGCAAGCACUUUCGGCGGUUCUGGUGAUAACGGGGAAAACAAGGAAGAAGUUAUUAACAUAUUCUCCGUCGCAUCGGGACAUUUAUAUGAGAGAUUUUUAAAAAUUAUGAUGCUCAGCGUUCUCAAACAUACAAAAACUCCCGUUAAAUUUUGGUUUUUGAAAAAUUAUUUAUCACCGACUUUGAAGGAUUUUCUACCACGAAUGGCAAAACAUUAUGGAUUCAAUUAUGAGCUGGUUCAGUAUAAAUGGCCCCGCUGGCUCCACCAGCAAACUGAAAAGCAAAGGAUCAUCUGGGGUUACAAAAUUUUAUUCUUAGAUGUCCUAUUUCCACUUGAUGUUAAGAAGAUAAUAUUUGUCGAUGCAGAUCAAGUUGUUAGAGCUGAUAUGAAAGAAUUGGUGGAUUUAGACCUCGGUGGUGCUCCAUACGCUUACACUCCGUUUUGUGAGAGCCGAACUGAAAUGGAUGGUUUUAGAUUUUGGAAGAGCGGCUACUGGCGAAAUCAUCUGCAAGGGAGGAAAUACCACAUUAGUGCAUUGUACGUCGUGGACUUGAAACGUUUCAGGCGUGUAGCUGCUGGCGAUAGGCUCAGGGGGCAGUACCAAGCACUCAGCCAAGACCCAAACAGUCUUUCAAACCUCGAUCAGGAUUUACCGAAUAACAUGAUCCAUCAAGUCGCUAUCAAGUCUUUACCGCAAGAGUGGCUAUGGUGCGAGACGUGGUGUGACGACGAAUCAAAGAAAGUCGCAAAAACAAUAGACUUGUGCAAUAACCCAUUGACUAAGGAAGCAAAACUUACAGCCGCCAUGAGAAUAGUCUCUGAGUGGAAAGAUUAUGAUAACGAAAUUAAAGAAGUUUUACUUAAAAUUGGUGAAACAGAAGAUCAUGAGGAAGAAAAUAUUGAACCAGUUCCAAAGCCAACUCCUGAUGUCCACAGUGAGUUGUAAACACGCCAAUAAGGAAAAACAAACCAGAAAGAAAAAACAAGUCAUAGAGAAGAAGACAAGACUGCCAAAACAAAAGGAAUACUUCCUUUGCAAUUUUUAAUUAUUACCUUUCACUUUUAAACAACUUUCAUUGGCUACAAGUGAAAGUUUUUAAAUUUCUCUAUAUUUGCCAAAUGCUCACAUACAUAUAUAUAUUUUUAGCAUCUCAUUCAAAUGUUGAAAGGUGGUGUUUUUUAAGAAUUUGUUUGUGAUAUUAAAAGGUAUAUUGGAUACCUUUUUUAGUUAAUUAAUUAGGACAGAAUAAAUAAAUAUAAAAAUAAACUAAAUUUUCCAAUAGAAUUUGCAUAUUUCAGGGAAAAUAAAUUAAUAUAAAUAAAUGAAAAUGUUAAAAUUUUGGGGGGGGGGGAAAUGAGCAGAUUUUAAUUUUGAUUUACACGGAUCAAAACAGGAAAAACGCUUUCACUCUUCUUCUUUUAUAACUAAUGAUUUUUGUAAUUUCUUCAAAGCGCGAAUAGUCGAAUUUUCUUCAUGUUCGCAUAUGUACUUGAGCCUGAUAGCACAGUCCAUCCCGUGGUACUGAUACAGCUUCGCCUGGUUUAUAGCCAACUUGAGACACCUCCCGCUUCCGUAGACGUUCUCGUCCGGCCGGUUGCUCGGCUUUUUUGGCAGAAUCGGCCUUGCGCUGUUCGCCCAAAUCCACAGCAGCCCAGGGUUCAAACCUCCCGUCCAGAAAUCAUACCCUAGAAUCAAUUAAAAAAAAAAAAAAAAA